CAAACGUAAACACACAAACAACUUGCACGUGCAUCGCUCGCUUCCUCUACUCGUGGUUGCAUUUCUACGCGCGAUGGUUGGAAUAAAAAAGAACAAACCUAAGCUACCGGCACCGAAAAUUAAACAGAAAAAAGCCCUUAACAAAUGGAAGGAAGAAAAGAGCAGUAAGUUGGGUGGUGCGAAGAAAACGGGGAAAGCUGGCAAAGCGAGCGAUGAAAAGGCGAUUAAAAAAUCGGACCGCAAGCCGAUCGUAUUCGUGUCGCCCAAAGCCGACACCGCAGCAAAUUCGGUGGAUGGUGCAGACGAAAUGGAAGUCACACUACCGAAACAGCCCGUCCUGGAACCGGUCCCGACCGACAUCCCCGAUCCACAGCUGGACAAGCGCAAAAUAAAACUGCUCGAGCCACUGAUCGGAUACAUCUACAACGGGGAUCAGCUGUCGCUGAAGCAAAGUUUCGAGCAGGCCGGACUGCUUCUCACGCCCGACUACGAUGAGCAGACGCGCGUGUUUCGCUUCCUCGUAAACACGAAGGAAAUGUGCCGAGCGGAGGGCGAAAAGAACGAAGCACACUCGAAAGCGCGCGAAAAGUUGGUACAGAUCGUUCGCUACUACUGUUACACCGUGAAGCGCGUAAAGGAGUAUCACACGCGCAGGAAAAUAUUCUACACCCGGCCAUCGAAAGCGCCGGCACAAGAGCCGCUCAGUCAGAAGAAGAUCUCGGAAGAGAACGUCGGGUUUCAGCUGAUGCAGAAGCAAGGCUGGAACCCGGGUAGCUCGCUCGGUGUGUCGACCGAAGGUAUCCUCGAACCGAUCGCGGUCCAGAAGCGCAAAGGGAAGCGCGGUCUCGGUACGGAGGACGCCGUACAGCCGGACAAAGCGACGCCGGCGGAAGAGAAGGUGAAGAUACCGCUGGAAGCGUUCUACCUGAUGCUGAAACAGUACGCCGGCGUUAAUGCGCUGUACGAUAUCGUGUUUAGCUCCCAGUUUUCCAAGCAUCAGGUGGCCAAGCUGAAAAACUUUGCCACGUCGUUACGAUUAUUUCCCCAAAUGAUUGGCAACAACAAGAAGAAGCUGGUCGUGAGCCGACCGCUAACGAUCAAGCAGAUCAAGGAGGGCGUCAUGAAGGGACACUCGGAUCUGUGCGCCAAGUAUGUCGUGAUACCGCCGGGGGCCGGUAUUCCGGAGAAGGAUAGGGUGCUAGCUUAGGGUAACGUUUGCCGUGCGCACAGGAGAGAUCGUGUUCCCCGUACAACAUUUGUAAAGCACACACACACACACACACAGUUACGACGACACGUUCUCAUAUCGGUAAUAUAUUUUCAAUAGUUUCAUAUCGUUUAAACAUACUGAUACAAUGCUUUGUCCUUUCUCGUUUUGGGGCGUCGUUUUGCACGCUGCGUUCCGGUGUGUUACACUCUAAUAAGCAUCUUGUUACUUGUGUUUGUGGUAUUUGGUUGUUGCCGUCCGUUCUCCUUCCGAACGACCUAUCUUCCCGGGGUGGCCCGUCACGCGGAGUGUCGGGCGACUAGCGGUCGUUCUCCGUAUUUCGUCAUUUCGAUUUCCAAUCGCACGGGACGAUACUGUCGCUUCCUACCAAAAUAUGUGUAUACCUUCUUAAGAUACUGCCGUAUUAAGAUGUGUGCUUUUGUGUGUGUGAGU